AUGGAGGGGCUCGGGGCCGCCGCAAGCGUCAUCGCCGUCGUCGAGCUGGCCGCUAGGGUCGCCUCUCUCUGUCUCGAAUACUCGUCCGCCGUCAAGAAUGCCAGAUCCGAUAUCGAGCGCCUGCGAAAACAUACCGACAGCCUCAAAAUAACCAUUGAGGAUGCGCAAAAGCUUCUCCAGGGCCCACAUGGAGCUCGGCUCGAGACGUCGCAAAAGCUACGUGAAGCCCUUGACAACACCCACUCGCAGCUUGGUGAUGUCGCUACGAGGUUGGAAGCAAAGCUGCCUACAAGCCGCAGAGAAAAGGUGCUGGCAUAUGUGAGGUGGCGAGCCUUGAAGUGGCCGUUCGAGAGCAAGGACGUGGACAAGAUCAUUGCGAGCCUUCAGCGGGGCCAGGACUCCUUUGCGGCCGCCCUUCAAAUUGAUCAAACCACCGGAAUCCUCGAUAUUCACUCUAAGAUCGUCCUAGCAACACUCCCGGUCGCAAGCGGUGCGGCUUUCGACUCGCACGCCGAGGAGCACAACGCACGUUGCCACCCCGACACCCGGGCCGAGCUGUUGCGCCAGAUCCGGGAGUGGGCAAAUGAAUCUCAAGCCGAGAACAUAUUUUGGCUGAAUGGCAUGGCAGGGACAGGCAAAUCCACCAUCUCUCGAACGGUGGCUACCUCGUUCGCAGAAGACGGCCUGCUUGGGGCGAGCUUCUUCUUCAAGAGGGGAGAAGGCGACCGUGGUAAAGCUGGCUUGCUUUUCCCUACCAUUGCUAGUCAGCUUGUGCGCCAAAUCCCUGCCCUAGUACCUCCCCUCAUAAAGGCUAUCGAUGCCGACCCGGACGUUCCCAAGAAGGUACUGAGAGACCAGUUCGAAAAGCUCAUCCUCCAACCGCUCGGCAGCAUUCACCGCACUAGAGCAAUUGUGGUCGUUAUUGACGCUCUCGACGAAUGUGAUGGAGAAAAAGAUGUGAAAACCAUCAUCUCCCUACUCGCGCAAGCAAACGUGGUACGCCCUGUACGCUUGAGGGUUUUCAUCACCAGUCGGCCUGAGCUGCCUAUUCGCCUCGGUUUUAAGGACGUCCAGGGAAGGUACCAGGGCCUAGCGCUGCACCAAAUUCCCGAGCCAGUCGUGGAACAGGAUAUAUCCACAUUUUUGAGAUAUGAGCUCGCGCGAAUCAGGGAUGAAUACAAUGGACAAGCUCUCAAGUGCUUCCAAAUGCCACUGGAUUGGCCCGGCCCAGAUGCGAUUCGGACUCUCGCUCAAAUGGCUAUCCCAUUGUUCAUUUUUGCCGCAACUGUCUGUCGCUUUGUGGACGAUAAUGGAAGGUCGAACCCUGCCAAGCGACUAAAGAAAGUAUUAGAAUACCGGAUGGAAACCCACAAUUCCGGGCUCGGCAACAUCGACGCCACUUAUCUUCCCGUCCUCGACCAGCUCACCUCUGGACGCACCGAUCAGGAUAGGGCCGAAUCGCUAGCCGAGUUCCGAGGUGUCGUUGGCCCAAUUGUACUCCUUGCUCAGCCGCUCUCCGUACUCUCACUAGCAAGACUUCUAGGUCUCGAACCCGAAGACAUUCACGCACUGCUCAACUCUCUCCACUCCGUCCUAGAUAUCCCCUCAGAGGAUAAUGCCCCAGUUAGGCUCUUUCAUCUUUCCUUCCGCGACUUCCUCGUUGACCCGGCCAAGCGUGCUACGAAUGAAUUUUGGAUCGACGAGGCAGAAUGUCACAAGAUGCUUGCUGAAAGAUGUAUCCAAGUUAUGGGCCAACACCUGAAACGAGACAUCUGCGGUUUAAAGGCGCCGGGAAAGCUGCGGUUAGAGGUCGACCAGCAGACUGUCAACGCCCAUCUGCCGCCUGAGCUUCAGUACGCCUGUCAGUAUUGGGUCCACCACCUGAAGGAAAGCAAACAUAAUAUAGAGGACAACGGCCCAGUCCACACCUUCCUGACAGGCUAUCUCCUCCACUGGCUUGAGGUUUUGUCUCUUCUGGGAAGACUCUCAGAUGGGGUACUGUUAAUAAAAACGCUUCUGCACGCUGCCCAGCCGGAUACAGCCUCUAACUUUGUUGAAUUUCUAAAGGAUGCAGAAAAGUUUAUUCGCAGUCAUGGAUCGAUUAUGGAACGGGCUCCAUUACAGAUAUACGGCUCUGCACUUAUCUUCAGCCCAACCUUAAGUAUGGUUAGAAAGCAGCAGUGGAAUAAGAGGCUUUCGUUUAUCAAAACGAUCGCAGGCAUCAAAAACCACUGGGACCCACACCAACAGACGCUCGAGGGGCAUAGCAGUUCUGUCAACGCCGUGGCCUUCUCACCGGAUGGGAAAACGCUCGCAUCAGCUUCAGAGGAUCAGACCAUCCGGCUCUGGGAUGCAGCAACAGGCACACACCAACAGACGCUCGAGGGGCAUAGCAGUUCUGUCAACGCCGUAGCCUUCUCACCGGAUGGGAAAACGCUCGCAUCAGCUUCAGAGGAUCAGACCAUCCGGCUCUGGGAUGCAGCAACAGGCACACACCAACAGACGCUCGAGGGGCAUAGCCGUUAUGUCAACGCCGUAGCCUUCUCACCGGAUGGGAAAACGCUUGCAUCAGCUUCAGGGGAUCGGACCCUCCGGCUCUGGGAUGCAGCAACAGGUACACACCAACAGACGCUCGAGGGGCAUAGCCGUUAUGUCAACGCCGUAGCCUUCUCACCGGAUGGGAAAACGCUUGCAUCAGCUUCAGGGGAUCAGAUCAUCCGGCUCUGGGAUGCAGCAACAGGCACACACCAACAGACGCUCGAGGGGCAUAGCAGUUCUGUCAACGCCGUGGCCUUCUCACCGGAUGGGAAAACGCUCGCAUCAGCUUCAGAGGAUCAGACCAUCCGGCUCUGGGAUGCAGCAACAGGCACACACCAACAGACGCUCGAGGGGCAUAGCCGUUCUGUCAUCGCCGUAGCCUUCUCACCGGAUGGGAAAACGCUCGCAUCAGCUUCAGGGGAUCAGACUAUCCGGCUCUGGGAUGCAACAACAGGCACACCCGAACAGACACUCGAGGGGCAUAGCAGUUAUGUCAACGCCGUAGCCUUCUCACCGGAUGGGAGGUAUCUUGAGACAAACUGGGGGCUCUUACGUAUCAACUCAGACUUGGAUAUUUCACAAAACCAGAGACCAGUGAAUAAUAUUCUCUUUGUUGAUGGCGAAUGGAUCACCGGAGGCGGAAAGAAUCUGCUCUGGCUUCCUCCUGAUUACCGAGCAUUAUGCGUAUCAGUAUGCGACCAUACACUGGUCCUGGGACAUGCAUCUGGGCAAGUGACAUUCUUUCAAUUUGUUUCCGCUAGGUGA